GUAGAUUAUUUUGUCAACUAAUUGUUAAAAAAAAUGGCGCUUGCGAGCGUGCUGCAGGGUGAGUAUGCAGAUUUUAACAGCCACAGCGGCCGUCCGUUCUCCUUCGCCUCCGAGUCGGAUGGUCUGAGUUUCUCGGUGAAAGCUUCACUGCACGGCGAGGAUGCGGAGGGCCCUGAGAGGAAGAUCGAGUUUCUCCAUGGAACCACCACCCUGGCCUUUAAAUUCCAGCAUGGUGUCAUCGUGGCAGUGGACUCGCGCGCCACAGCAGGCUCCUACAUCGCUUCACAGACAGUGAAGAAAGUGAUUGAAAUCAACCCGUAUCUCCUGGGCACCAUGGCGGGUGGCGCUGCCGACUGCAGCUUCUGGGAGCGCCUGCUGGCUCGGCAGUGCCGCAUCUACGAGCUGCGCAACAAGGAGCGCAUCUCAGUGGCCGCCGCCUCCAAGCUGCUGGCCAACAUGGUGUACCAGUACAAGGGGAUGGGCCUCAGCAUGGGCACCAUGAUCUGUGGAUGGGACAAGAGGGGCCCAGGGCUGUACUAUGUGGACUCUGAGGGCAACCGCAUCUGUGGCGACCAGUUUGCCGUGGGCUCCGGCUCCAUGUAUGCCUACGGUGUGCUUGACAGCGGCCUGCGACCUGACCUGACUGUGGAGGAGGCCUGUGACCUGGGCCGCCGUGCCAUCUACCAGGCGACAUACCGGGAUGCCUACAGCGGGGGCACCGUCAACCUGUAUCACGUACACAGCCAGGGCUGGGAGCGUGUGUCCCAGGAUGAUGUGCUGCAGCUGCACCAGCAGUUCCAGUCCAAGCAGGCCUAAGAAGUGGACUGGAUUUCAUAAAGGGGUGGGCUCUGUGAAGGGAGAGGGUCUGUUCCAGGAGCUGAUCCAGCAGAAAAGCUGAACCAUGGGGCACAAAGACACACACACACAUUAACUGUUGUGGUUCAAAAGAUGUUACCAUUAGUUUACCCUGCUAGUGUAAUGGGGGUUAAAGAGAGGGUCAGUGGAUGUAAACUGCAGAACAGAUAGUGGAAACUACAGUACCAAGCUACUUAAGAUGCACACCACAGUUAACGGUUUCAGCUUCAUUUGUCGUGUUUGAUGCUCUUUUAUCAUUAUUAAUGGGGUGCAGUACUUCACUGUGCCAUGCGGGACUUGGGGGUGCUGUGUUCCACUAGAUGAAUAUGCAGUCAGACCUCUCAUUGGCUCUGAGUCACUGACUCUCUUCGUUGAGUUUGUUUUUCACUGGGAACAUCUUUCUUGAAUAAAGCCUGGUUGUUUUGUGUUUUGACUCGCUGGGAUCUCUGUUCGAUGUUUAUGUCUUUGCUUGUGUAUUUGUUUCCUGUGAUCGAUUCGUUCAUCUCUGCAGGAGCUGUCCUUUUCAGUUCGAUUUAAGAAAAAGCCAUUUGAAUCAUUCAGUUCCAUGUGUUUAUUUGCCCAUAUCCUCCAUUUUCUCUUUUGAGUCCCCAGGCAA